AUUACUGUUCUGGAGAGGGGUACUCGAGAACGUAGCCUACUGCAGCGAGAAGGGAAGAGAAACAAAUAAUUCUCCUUGUUGGGAUCCAUAAACCUCCAAAACGUCUUACGCAAUGAGAGGCGAUCGGGGCCGGGGCCGGGGUGGCCGGUUCGGGUCCCGAGGAGGGCUGGCGCAGGGGUAUCGACCUUUUGUCCCACACAUCCCCUUUGACUUCUAUGUGUGUGAGAUGGCAUUCCCGCGAGUGAAGCCAGCCCCAGACGAGACAGCCUUCAGUGAAUGUUUAUUGAAGCGGAAUCAGGACCUGACUCCAACCCCUGCCGAACAGUCUUCCAUCUUGUCCCUGGUGACCAAGAUCAAUAAUGUUAUUGAUAAUCUUAUUGUGGCCCCUGGAAACUUUGAAGUGCAAAUUGAGGAAGUUCGUCAAGUGGGCUCUUACAAGAAGGGCACCAUGACAACAGGCCACAAUGUAGCAGAUCUAGUUGUUAUUCUGAAGAUACUGCCUACAUUGGAGGCAGUUGCAGCACUAGGAAACAAGGUCGUGGAGACCCUUCGUGUCCAGGACCCAGCAGAAGUGUUGUCCAUGCUGACGAACGAAACGGGCUUCGAGAUCAGCUCUGCAGACGCCACAGUGAAAAUCCUCAUCACUACUGUUCCCCCAAACCUGCGCAAACUGGACCCCGAGCUACACCUGGACAUCAAGGUGCUACAGAGUGCCCUAGCUGCCAUCCGCCACGCCCGCUGGUUUGAGGAGAACGCCUCCCAGUCCACGGUUAAAGUUCUGAUCCGCCUGCUGAAAGACCUGAGGGUCAGAUUCCCAGGGUUUGAGCCCCUGACACCUUGGAUCCUGGACUUACUGGGUCACUCUGCAGUUAUGAACAACCCGUCCAGACAGCCCCUAUCUCUGAAUGUGGCCUACAGACGAUGUCUGCAGAUGCUGGCAGCGGGGCUCUUCCUGCCAGGCUCCGUGGGCAUCACUGACCCCUGUGAGAGUGGCAACUUCCGGGUGCACACCGUCAUGACACUGGAACAACAGGACAUGGUCUGCUUCACAGCCCAAACGCUGGUGAGAAUUCUCUCACAUGGGGGUUACAGGAAGAUCCUGGGCCUGGAGGGAGACGCUAGCUACCUUGCCUCAGAGAUGUCCACCUGGGAUGGGGUGAUUGUGACGCCCUCAGAGAAGGCCUACGAGAAGCCACCGGAGAAAAAAGAAGGCGAGGAUGAGGCCCUGGAAGAUGGAGGGGAGGGAGAGGAGGAGAGCAUGGAGACGCAGGAGUGAUGAUGAUGAUGACGAUGCACUGCAAACCAGCCAGGGAGGUUUCUACAUCAGUUCCAGUCACAGUUGAGACUCCACACCCCAAAGAGGAGAGACAUUUUUCUGUUUUUCCCCCCUCCUUUUGUUGCGUUUUUUUAAACCCCCCCCCCCUCCGUACCUCCAUCAUACAUGGACUACCAUUUGUGAAGGCAAAUUGUGUUUACCUGGACCAAAGGACAGACAGAA